CCAUACACAUAUUUUGCUCUGGUGCUAUAGUGGCGUGUAUAGUGGCGGCUUCUGGGGACUUGUGGCGACAAUCAAAACGUCACAUCGUGGAAACACGGCGUUCACGCACCCUGUUACCGUCGUACAACAGUGGGGUUCAGUUCUUUUUUAGUUUCAAAAACACGAGAAAGCGUUACCCUAGUCAGUCCUAGUCUCUGCUGACCUAUCUGGUCAUCUCGGGUCAUCUUAUGCGCUGACAGCUAUACACACUAAUAUAUGAACUGCUUCGUGACCUUGAGUCAUUCUCUUUCUGUACAAAGUACACAUUGGUGCACAUCAAAUACUUGGACGUUGAACGCGCACCCACGAUGCUCGCCGAGCUGUGAUGAGUCUUAUAAUAAAAGAUGCUUGAGUAGCAUGUUCAUUUAAAAACAUCAUGGAGUGCUCGAAAAUAUUUUCCAAGAUACUCAUCGGCAUUCUCUUUGCGCUUCCGCUACUUGGUUACGGCUCUACUUCGAGACUCUACUCCAUUGCCUUCUCCGUAGAACAUGCCCCCAGAGUCGGCUGGAUAUUUGGAAAUUCUGGAGAUAUCCACUCUAGGAUAAAAAGAGAAUCAGUCUCUGUUUCAAAGACAAAUAAAUUGAUCGAUGAUUCGGAUUGUCGAAGCGACCUGCAUCGACUUUGUGGCUCUAUGGAUAAAAAUGACGAUGACCUAUCUGUGCUUGAGUGCAUUCAGACAUUUAAGGCGAAUGAACUUUCCGGUAUUAAUAAUCAGUGCCAACACAAAAUUUGGAUCCACACUACAAGUCUCACUAGCGAUGAUAAUGUCCAGAAACUUAUAAAGCAAGCAUGUCCAGAAGAGGCAGAUAGUUUCAUGUGCGGAUCAAAAGAUACAUCCGUAUCUUACUUAUCCUGCAUAAUAGACCAACGGGAGCAUAUAAAAGAGCCCCAAUGCUUAGAGUAUCUUCAGAGACUGGAGUGGGUUGCUUUUAGUGAUUUCAGAAUCAUAACACAUUUUGUAUCAGAUUGCCAAGGAGACAUUGAGAAGUUUCAGUGUGGUAGAAUACAGGCAUACAGAGAAAUGUCACAGGGAUUAACCCUCGCCUGUCUGCAGCGUCACGUAGAUCAGCUGGAGGGGCAGUGCAGAAAACGGAUUCUUCACGUAUCCGAGAUACAAGCAGAUAAUAUUAAGUUAGACCGCCAGCUGUACAUGGCUUGCACACAAGAUCACAUUAAAUUUUGUCCAAAUAUUCGUCCAGGUAGUGGUCGAGUUUACAAGUGCUUAAUGCAGUACAAAACAGAUCGAGCAAUGACAAAACAAUGCCAGGAUCAGCUUACGAGACGCGAGAAGUUGAUAGCUUCUGAUUAUAAAGUUAGUAAAGGAUUAGUGAGAGCUUGCAAGGAGGAUAUUAGAGGUAAUCACUGCAGGAGAUCAGUAUCUGAAGAUAAAGAGAUUAGAUUAGCACAGAUCUUACUUUGUCUGGAAUCGGCAUCUCGAAACGGAAGUAAAAUAACAGCGGACUGUCAAGUGGAGAUGUUUGAUCACAGGAAGAUCCUCAUGGAGGAUUACAGAUUGUCUCCGGAAAUAGUGGACGGUUGCGCCGCAGACAUUUUGUCGUUUUGUAACGGUCUGGAGGUGGGUGGUAAGACUAUUCAUUGCUUAAUGGAGCACACCAGAGCGCGAAAGAAAAAGUCGAGAGUCUCUGCAGAAUGUCAAAGAGCGUUGGAAGGGUUAAUUAAGGAAACCGAUGCCGGUGAGGAUUGGAGGAUUGAUCCCGUGUUACGGGAAGCGUGCCAACCAGUUGUCGCUGUGGCUUGCAACGACGUGCGCGGUGGAAAUGCGAGAGUUAUCUCGUGCUUAAUGGAGAAGCUAGGAACAGACAGAAUGACCGAGGCUUGCGAGACUGCUUUGGUACAAAUUCAGUAUUUUGUAGCCAGGGACUUUAAGCUCGAUCCGCAGUUAUAUAAAGCGUGCAAGGCCGAUGCUAUGCACUUUUGUCAUGCGAAAAAUGCUUGGGCUAACGAUGGAAUCCAAAUGGAUCCCGAGAGGGGUCCUCUCGUAUUGCCAUGCUUAUAUAGAUAUGCCUAUCACCCGCAGAAAAAUAUGACGGUAAGUCAAGAACUCCACGUCCUGUUUGUAUUUCUCUUUUGCUCUUUCAUAAACGAAUGUAUGUGUGCUCUUCAGCUAAAAAACGGAUGUUUGAAAGAGAUCAGGAGGGUCAUGAGGCAAAGGGCCAUUAAUGUGGAUUUGCAGCCUGAAAUUGAGGAAGUCUGUUUGAACGAGUUGGCUAUGUACUGUUACGACAAAACGGCAAAGAGGGAAGAAACUCUGUGCCUUCAAGACAACUUGGAUAGUUUAAAUGAGAGAUGUAAAUUAGCCGUUGGUAAUUUGACUGAGGAACAGGCGGAACGGGUCGAACUCAAUCCUGUUGUCACAGGUGCUUGCCAACACGUCAUGGAGCAGUAUUGCGAGGAGGUACUGAAAGUCGGUAAGGACGAGGGCGACUUAAUGGAGUGCCUAAUAGAACAUAAAAACGACUUGGAUGUCCAUUUUGAUUACAAGUGUAAAGCCGCUGUAGAACAUUUCCAAUUGAUAUCGCUCAAGAGUUAUCAUUUCACGUAUAAAUUCAAAGAUGCCUGUAGGCCCUAUGUCAUGAGAUGGUGCCCCAGGUCAAAAACAAAGGCUGAUGUAAUCGAGUGCCUUAGCACGGUUGUCCAGGAGGAUAUAAUGAAAGAUACACAGCAUCGUGUUCCAAGGGAGUGUAGACAGCAAUUGAGAGCCCAGUUAUAUCAGCAGCGAGAGAACAUAAAUUUUGAUCCGACACUUCAGAAACUCUGCGCUACGGAUGUCAAGCAACUGUGCUUCGACGUAAAGCCAGGAAGAUCGCAGAUUCUCGAGUGCUUAGCGUCGCAGAAACACAAAUUGUCCGAGCAGUGUCACACGCAGCUAUUUAAGGUGCGGAAGCAGGAGUUCCAGGAUAGCUCGAGUGACUUUGCUUUAUUGGAAGCUUGCCGAUCGAUGAUUAGUCUUUUCUGUAAUUAUAUGGAUGGUGCCAGCGCGCUGUCCUGCCUGAAGGUAGCGAAGAACAGGCCAUCUUUCGACGAGAAGUGCAAGAGUAUGGUAGUGCGCCGAAUGAUCGAGCAAAACACUGACUACAGGUUUAAUGUCGCGCUUCAAUCUGCCUGCGUUACGGAUAUUGAUAGACAUUGUAAGGAGGUGCUAAUGCGCGAGAGUACGGUCCAUGAACUCGAAGGAAAAGUGAUAAAGUGCCUCAAGAUCAAAUUUCGUGAGUCGAAACUAACGGCCAAGUGCGAACUUCAGAUGACAAGCAUACUUAAGGAAGCCGCACUUAAUUAUCAUUUGAAUCCGCUGCUGGCGACGCUAUGUUCGACCGAAGUCGAGACCAUAUGUCCCGCGGAAGACAUGGAGCCUGGAGAUGUCGAGGAAUGCCUUAAGGCCGAAUUCAAGCGGGGAAACCAAGAAAUGAAGGAAGAAUGUCGCUUGGAAGUUGCUGAUCUUAUUGAGCAGAGGAAGGUCGAUAUUAAUGUCGAUCCAUUGUUACAAAAAGCUUGUGCCAUUGACGUCAGCAAAUACUGUAGUGACAUUCCACAAGGAGCAGGCAGGCAUAUCAAGUGUCUUCAGAAUAGUUUACGCUCUCUUCAGCCAGACUGUUACAAGAUGUUGACUGCUAGACUGGAAAUGUUCAGAUUAGCUGAAAAGUUGAUACAACCAAACUCUAUAAAGGAACUUUAUUACUCGGUUAGUAGCUCGUCAGCGAGCACGUAUUUCAUGAUUAUUGCAGUCAGUAUAAUCGGAAUUAUUUUUGUCAUGGGUUUAUUCUGCGGAAGGGUGACCCGACGAGCGAUGAUGAUGAAACAUAAAUGAUCCUCUACGAAGAAGACGAUCCAUGUACGUUUUUCGUGAUGUUGGUCGUCGUCAUUGAAGGUGGUGGAAAAAAUAUAUUUUGAUGUUAGGAAUCACAAUCUGUUGGAAUAUUUACUCCGCCGCGUCAUAUAGACGUAAUAUCAUGAGAUGAAUCGGAAUGUCAGUUUCUUCAAUUUAUAUAGCAUCUAGUGUGGGAAUAAAGUAAGAUAUCGUAAUUUUCUCUCACUCUCUCUCUUUAUAUAUAUAUAUAUAUAUGUCUUUUAUAUACAAAGUGUUCUCUAUACAUAUUUCUCACAUUCCUGUACUAUCAAAAGAUCGAUAAUAUCGCUCUUCAUGGUCAUGUUCUGAUGAGGACAUUUGAUGUAAGAUGGAGCGUAAUGCUAUUCUGGCAAUUGAAGAGCGAAAGAAUCAAUUAUCUACUGCAAUUUUGGAUUUACCCAAAAGAAUAGUAAUGCAUAUUUUUCGAAGUAUCAGUAAGUCAAAAAAGCAUCAUGAAUAUAAUUAGGUAAAUUUCACGUGAAACAUUUGACCAAAUAUGCAGCUAUUGAAUAAAACUUGUAACGUAUUUUCUUAACUCG